AUGGCAUCUAAUCGAAAGAAUGUGAAUCUAUUUUACGAUAAUCUGGAACUAGCCUUCGAAAAAUAUAAAUUUCUCGCAAGGCGCAUUUUUGACGUGGAUGAGACUGGAAUUAGUGGAGUUCAUAAACCUCAUCGAAUUUUGGCGGAAAAGGGAAGAAAACAAGUGGGCGCGAUAACUAGUGGUGAAAGAAAUCAGACUACCACUGUUGUGUGUUGCAUGAGUGCAGCCGAAGAUUUCGUGCCUCCUAUGUUUAUUUUUAAACGCGAGCCCAUGAACAAUGCGCUGGAAAAGAAUGGACCAACAGAUGCAAUCUACCGCUCCUCGAAAUCAGGGUGGAUAACAGAAGAGCUAUUCGUGGAGUGGUUAAAGCAUUUUGCUCAAUGUGUAAAUGCUUCUACGGAAAAUCGUGUUUUAGUUGAUUUAGAAUACAACAAAAUUGAGGUGACUGACAUCGCAGAGCUAAGGCACAGAAACGUGUUUGGGGAAGAAGAGUUUAUUGAAAUUCCAGAAGAACCAAAUUCCGUUAUUCGGGCAGAAACCAACGAACUAUGCGAGCCUCCCCAAGAAACAGUUUCUUUAGAUCCAAGGCCCGGAACUAGUGGAGAUCCAGAUCCGUCGUAUGUAUCAAGCGGAAGCCAUGAUGAAGUAGAUGUGCGUCAAGUCACCGGCGGCGUCGCCAGUAAAAACCUUUAA